AUGCUCCGUGUCUCGUUUUGCUCCGGUUUCUCGGCGAGUCCUCCGAUGCUGUGCCACUUUUCUCUUGAAUUCUCCUUUUGUCCGUUCUCGGGCCUAUUUCUGGGUGAACUCGCUGCUUUCAUGUUUCGCGAUUGGUUUUUCUUUUUUCUUUCCUUUUUGCGCCGCAGAGUUGUUGCUUUGCUUCUGGGCUGUGAAACUCUUUUUUCCAAAGCUGCGCAGUUUUCACUUGUACCAGACGUGUCGUCUCUCUUUGAGGGCUUUUCUUGUCAAGCAUGUAGCAACCCCAAUUGCGAAGAUAGAUUCUCUCCCUUUAUUGGUUGCUAG